CGACGUGAAAAAGCGAAAGCAGAGCGGUUCUGGGCAUCGAUAACCUUAGCUUGACUGCAGAUGCGCCUGUCGGUGUGUUGAUCUCCAGUCGGGAGUGACUGACCCGUCGAUACGGUCGGCCAUGUAUCAGCCGUUUCCCCAGGCGCCUCCCGGGAUGGCUGGCGGACCGCCGCCGGGCAUGCCCAUGCCUAUGGGAGGCGCACACGCUCCAGGCACGUCGAUGCCUGUCGGGAUGGGUCGCGUCAAGACGCUGGAGGAGCAGCUGGACGAGAAGGCUCGGAAGUGGCAGCAGCUGAAUGCCAAGCGGUACGGCGACAAGCGGCGGUUUGGGUACAGCGAGCAGCAGAAGGAGGCCAUGCCGCCCGAGCACCUUAGGAAGAUCAUCAAGGACCACGGCGAUAUGAGCAGCAGGAAGUAUAGACACGACAAGCGCGUCUACCUGGUCAGUCACUCACUCACUCAACAUUGCGACACAGAUAGAUGAGAGGAUGUGUGUGUGUGUGUGUGUCGAUCUAUGUCAGGGUGCGUUGAAGUACGUGCCUCACGCCGUGUACAAGCUGUUGGAGAACAUGCCGAUGCCGUGGGAGCAGGUGCGCAACGUGAGCGUCAUCUACCACAUCACGGGCGCCAUCACCUUCGUCAACGAGAUACCAUGGGUCAUUGACCCGGUCUUCCUCGCCCAGUGGGGCACCAUGUGGAUCAUGAUGCGCCGAGAGAAGCGAGACAGAAGACACUUCAAACGAAUGAGAUUCCCGCCAUUCGAUGACGAGGAACCGCCGCUCGACUACGGGGUGAGUCGAGGCCAUCCAUUGUGUGACUCACUCGGGUUGUUCCGUUGUGUGCACCAUCUCUCUCUCUCUCCGUGUCUGUGUUCAGGACAAUGUAGCUGAUGUGGAGCCUCUGGAGCCGAUUCAGAUGAAGCUCGACGAGGAUGAGGACGCCGCCGUCAUCGACUGGUUCUACGACCACCAGCCGCUCAAAUACGACAAGAACCACGUAUGGCACCACCAUGAGGCGAUUGAUUGACCCAUAUGUCAUUGCGGCCAUAUGCUAUGCGUGUUGGCCUGUCUGCUUGUCUGUGUGUGGCUUCUCAGGUGAACGGUCCGACGUAUCGCAAGUGGCGUUUGAAUCUGCAGCAGAUGGGCGUGCUCUACCGACUCGCAAACCAGCUGCUGUCAGACCUCCAGGUGUGUGUGCACUCACACACUCACUGAGGACCUCACACACACACACACACACAUCUCUCCUCUCCUCUCUCUCUCUCUCUCUCUGCCCGCCCCUCUGUGUGCUGUCGAACAGGAUGACAAUUACUUUUACCUGUUUGAUUUGAAGAGUUUCUACACGGCCAAGGCGCUCAACAUGGCCAUUCCCGGCGGCCCCAAGUUCGAGCCGCUCUACCGCGACAUGUACGAGGAGGACGAGGACUGGAACGAGUUCAACGACAUCAACAAAAUCAUUAUCAGGUGCGCUGGUCCAUCCACGGCACACACACAGACUGUCUGUCUGUCUACACGGAGAGGGAGGGAGAUGGGUCGGAUCCAUCCAUGGUGUGGUGUGGUGUGGUGUUGUGUGGUAAAUUGCAGGCAGCAGAUCCGCACCGAGUACAAGAUCGCCUUCCCCUACCUGUACAACAGCCGGCCGCGCAAGGUGGCCAUGACCACUUACCACACCCCCGCAUGCGCAUACGUCAAGGUCAGUCAGUCGGCCAGUCGGCGGGCCACUGCCUGCCGCAGGCAGACACACUCCAUCCCUCUCUCUCUCCCUCUCUCUCUCUCUCUGUGUGUGUGUGUGUGUGUGUGUGCAGGCUGAGGACCCCGACCUGCCCACCUUCUACUACGACAGCAUCAUCAACCCCCUCCCGGCCUACCGCACGGGCAGCAGCACCACUGAGGACAUUCCGCCCGACGAGGAACUCGCACAGUUCCAGCUCUCGCCUGACGUGACGCCUUUCUGCUCGAACGCGCCACUCAUGACAGAGAACACCAACAACGGUCAGAAGAAGAGCACACGGCAGCUGGGUUGUGGGCAGGCAGCCAUGUCUUUUGUGUGUGUCUGUGUCUGUCUGUGUGUGUGUGCAGGUAUAGCGCUGUAUUGGGCGCCUCGUCCGUUCAACCUUCGGUCGGCCAAGACGAAGCGGUGCAUCGACAUCCCACUCGUGCAGAGCUGGUUCAGAGAGCACUGCCCCUCAUCCUACCCUGUCAAGGUAAGGUACACACAUGGAAUGCCAUACACACGUCCAUUCAUUUAUGUGUGUGGUGUGGUGUUGUAUCAGGUCCGUGUGUCGUACCAGAAGCUGCUCAAGUGCUGGGUGCUCAACCACCUCCACUCAAAGCCGCCACGGUCGCUAAAGAAGAGAUACCUCUUCAAGGUCACCCACUCACACGCACUCACGCACACACAUCGACACCCGUCCCCUCCCCCCCAAGCAAGCACGUGAUCGUGUGUUGGUCGUCUCGGUGGUCGCUGCCAGGUGUUCAAGUCGACCAAGUUUUUCCAGUGCACCGAGUUGGAUUGGGUCGAGGUGGGCCUGCAGGUGUGUCGGCAGGGGUACAACAUGCUCAACCUCCUCAUCCACCGCAAGAACCUCAACUACCUCCACCUCGACUACAACUUCAACCUCAAACCCAUCAAGGUCCGGUCGAACCCUCCUCCCCCCACCCCGCGACACACAGACGAUUGCCCCACGAGUGCUCACUGGCCGUCUCCCCCUUUGUGCGUGUGUGUGUGUGUGUGUGUGGUCGUCCACCAGACGUUGACGACGAAGGAGCGGAAGAAGUCUCGUUUCGGCAAUGCGUUCCACCUGUGUCGCGAGAUCCUGCGUCUGACCAAGCUGAUCAUCGACAGCCACGUGCAGUACCGGCUGGGCAACGUGGACGCCUUCCAGCUGUCCGACGGGCUGCAGUAUAUCUUCGCUCACGUGGGGCAGCUCACCGGCAUGUACCGGUACAAGUACAGGCUCAUGAGACAGGUGGGUAACCGAGCGACCGACCGUCGUCUACUCGACACACAACCCAACACGCACAGACGGACAUGGUGUUGUGAUUGUGAUGUGUGUGGUGGGUGUCAGGUCCGGAUGUGCAAGGAUUUGAAGCACCUGAUCUACUACCGGUUCAACAGUGGGCCGGUGGGCAAGGGUCCGGGGUGCGGCUUCUGGGCCCCAGGGUGGCGUGUAUGGAUCUUCUUCCUGCGUGGCGUCAUGCCGCUGCUGGAGAGGUGGCUGGGCAACCUCCUCGCCAGGCAGUUCGAGGGCCGCGUGUCAAAGGGUAUCGCCAAAACCGUCACCAAACAGAGGGUAGGACCAGCAUCACAUCACAAGACAAGGCAGAUCGAUGUGGUGGUGCAUCUGUUUUUGUCUUGUGUGUGGUGUUUGGUUCGUUGGCUUAGGUUGAGUCUCACUUUGACCUGGAGUUGCGUGCUGCGGUGAUGCACGACAUCCUCGACAUGAUGCCCGAAGGUGUCAAGGUCAGUCAAAGGGGGAGGACAGACACACAGACAGGGAUGCUCAUUCGGCUGUGUCGUUUCCUGUCCGUUCCUGUCUCCCACCUGGGUGUAUCAAUCAGGCCAACAAGGCGCGCACCAUCCUGCAGCAUCUGAGCGAGGCGUGGCGGUGCUGGAAGGCCAACAUCCCGUGGAAGGUACCGGGACUUCCCGCGCCCAUCGAAAACAUGAUCCUCCGGUCAGUCAGCACACAACACGACACCACCGCCCGCACUCACUUGCAUCAGCCCUUAUGUGUUGCGGUGUGUCUCUCUGUGUGCGGGGUUCAGGUACGUCAAGAUGAAGGCCGACUGGUGGACCAACGCGGCCUACUACAACCGCGAGCGCAUUAAGAGGGGCGCCACGGUCGACAAGACCGUCUGCAAGAAAAACCUCGGCAGACUCACACGCCUCUGGCUCAAGGUCAGCCACUUGCCGGCAGCCGCCAACACGCACUCACACGCACAGCCACACAGACCCUGCAGCCACGUUGUUGCCUCCUUCCCAUUGAUUCCUUCCAUCAAUCAGGCUGAGCAAGAGCGUCAGCACAGCUACUUGAAGGACGGCCCGUACAUCACCGGCGAGGAGGCGGUGGCCAUCUACACCACGGCAGUGCACUGGCUGGAGUCGCGCAAGUUCACCCACAUCCCCUUCCCGCCCCUCAACUACAAACACGACACCAAGCUCCUCAUCCUCGCACUCGAGCGGCUCAAGGAGGCCUACUCGGUCAAGUCCCGCCUGAACCAGCUGCAGAGGGAGGAGCUGGGGCUCAUCGAACAGGCCUACGACAACCCCCACGAGGCCCUGUCGCGGAUCAAGCGCCACUUGCUGACGAUGCGGACGUUCAAGGAGGUGGGGAUCCAGUUCAUGGACCUCUACUCCCACCUGGUGCCCGUCUAUGAGGUCGACCCGCUCGAGAAGAUCACCGACGCAUACCUCGACCAGUACCUAUGGUAUUCACUGACACGCACACAACGAUGACUGCUGUGUGUGUGUGUGAUGUGGCGACCGACCGCCGAUGCCUUUGUGUGUCUUUCCUUCUUUCUUUCCUUUAGGUACGAGGCGGACAACCGUCACCUGUUCCCGAACUGGGUGAAGCCGUCGGACAGCGAGCCCCCCCCCCUGCUGGUGUACAAGUGGUGCCAGGGCAUCAACAACCUCACUGACAUCUGGGACACUUCGGACGGCCAGUGCGUCGUCUGCAUGGAGUCCAGAUUCGAAAAGGUACCUACUCGCUCAUUGGAGGGAGAGAAAGGGGGGCAGGGACCAGGUGGCAUGUGCGUGUGUGGCUCAUUUCUCUCUCUGCUUGUGAGUGCAGGUGUACGAGAAGAUCGACCUGACGUUGCUAAACCGUCUGCUGCGUCUGAUUGUCGACCACAACAUCGCCGACUACUGCACCUCCAAGAACAACGUCGCCAUCAACUUCAAGGUCACACACACCUUCAACACAACGAAUGCACUCGACUCCCACAGACAGCUUAGCUUCCCACACACUGUCACUCUGUCUGUGUGUCUGUCUUGUUUGUCUUUGUCUGUCCCAUCUGAUCCACUCAGGACAUGAACCACAUCAACUCGUUCGGUCUCAUCCGCGGGCUGCAGUUCGCGUCGUUCAUCUUCCAGUACUACGGCCUCAUUCUCGACCUGCUCGUCCUGGGCCUCACGCGCGCGAGUGAGCUGGCGGGCCCGCCCAACCUGCCCAAUGACUUCCUCACCUUCACCGACGUCGAGACCGAGACCCACCACCCGAUACGCCUCUACUGCCGAUACAUCGACCAGUAGACACCCACACACAGACACACAGAGGGCGUGUCAGUUGACACAUCCGUGUGUUUUGUGUUCUGUGUUUUGUGUUUGCGUGUGUUAGGUAUUGGAUUUUGUUUCGGUUUGAGAAGGAGGAGGCUCGCGAUUUGGUGCAGCGGUACCUGACGGAGAACCCCGACCCCAACAACGAAAACAUCGUCGGAUACAACAACAAGAAAUGCUGGCCAAGGGACUGCAGAAUGAGAAGGUCAGCCCACUCACACACACCCACACACACACACCAACCAACACAUCCCCGCUCACAGAGUGGCAUGCACACCUGUUUCUUCCGCUGUGCGCGUGUGUGUCAGGAUGAAGCACGACGUCAACCUGGGUCGCGCCACUUUCUGGGAGAUCCAGAACCGGCUACCCCGCUCCGUCACGACACUCGAGUGGGACAACAGCUUCGUGUCCGUCUACAGCAGAGACAACCCCAAUCUGCUCUUCGCAAUGACGGGCUUCGAGGUCAGCCGCAUACACACCCACACCCACACCCAUACUCACACAGACACAGCCAGGUGAUGUCACCAUGGUGUUGUCUGGUGUGUUGUGUUCAGGUUCGCAUCUUGCCCAAGAUCCGGACCUUCCAGGAGGAGUUCUCGCAGAAGGAGGGCGUGUGGAAGCUGCAGAACGAGACGACCAAGGAGAUGACGGCACAGGCCUUCCUCCGUGUGGACGACGACGGCCUGAAGCGGUUCGAGAACCGGGUGCGGCAGAUUCUGAUGGCGUCGGGCAGCACGACCUUCACCAAGAUCGCCAACAAGUGGAACACGACCCUCAUCGGCCUCAUGACCUACUACAGAGAGGCCGUCAUCCACACGGAGCAGCUCCUCGACCUCCUCGUCAAGUGCGAGAACAAGAUCCAGACGCGAAUCAAGAUCGGCCUCAACUCCAAGAUGCCCUCGCGCUUCCCGCCGGUGGUCUUCUACACGCCCAAGGAGCUGGGCGGGCUGGGGAUGCUGUCGAUGGGCCACAUUCUCAUCCCGCAGAGCGACCUCCGCUACAGCAAGCAGACCGAGACGGGCAUCACCCACUUCAGGGCGGGCAUGAGCCAUGAGGAGGACCAGCUCAUCCCCAAUCUCUACAGAUACAUCCAGGUGCGUCAACCACACACGCUCUCGUGCGAGAAGGCCCGUCUCAUUGGUGUCGUGUGCUGCGCUGUGUUGUGUCAUGUGUGUGGCCGAACAGACGUGGGAGUCCGAGUUCAUCGACAGCCAGCGUGUGUGGGCCGAGUAUGCCUUGAAGCGGCAGGAGGCCAACGCCCAGAACAGGCGCCUGACGCUCGAGGAUCUCGAGGACAGCUGGGACCGGGGCAUUCCCCGCAUCAACACCCUCUUCCAGAAGGACAGACACACCCUCGCCUACGACAAAGGAUGGCGCGUCAGGCAAGACUUCAAACAAUUCCAGGUGCGUGUGGGGGUGAACAGGGAGGGACAGACGUCCACCAUGGCUGCACCUCUGCUGUGUAUGUGUGGUGUGUGUGUGUGUUGUGCAGCUGCUGAAGGCGAAUCCGUUUUGGUGGACCCACCAGCGGCACGACGGCAAGCUGUGGAACCUCAACAACUACCGCACCGACAUGAUCCAGGCACUGGGCGGCGUCGAAGGCAUCCUCGAACACACACUCUUCAAGGGCACCUACUUCCCGACAUGGGAGGGGCUCUUCUGGGAAAAGGCUUCAGGGUCAGUCAGUCCACUCACCGAACCGAACCCACUCACGAGACGAGCAGCCAUUUGGCCUCUCUCUCAUGGAGAUGUGUGUGUGUGUGUGUGCGUGCGUGUGUAUGGUGAUUGCCAUAAUUAUAUAGGUUUGAGGAGUCGAUGAAGUACAAGAAGCUGACGAACGCGCAGCGGUCAGGGCUGAACCAGAUCCCCAACCGUCGGUUCACCCUCUGGUGGUCGCCCACCAUCAACCGCGCCAACGUGUACGUCGGCUUCCAGGUGCAGCUCGACCUCACUGGCAUCUUCAUGCAUGGCAAGAUCCCCACACUCAAGAUCUCACUCAUACAGAUCUUCAGAGGUAAGGAGGGCACCCAACAGAACCACACACACAGAUAUAGACACACACAAGAUGCAAACAAACCGGCGUCUUCUCCCUCCCUCCCUCCCUCCGUCUCUCUCUCUCUCUCUCUCUGUGUGUCUGUCUGUGUGUGUGUGUGCAGCGCAUCUGUGGCAGAAGAUCCACGAGUCAGUGGUGAUGGAUCUGUGCCAGGUGUUCGACCUCGAGCUCGACUCGCUGGAGAUCGAGAACGUCCAGAAGGAGACCAUCCACCCGCGCAAGUCGUACAAGAUGAACUCGUCGUGCGCCGACAUCCUCCUCCUCGCCGCAUACAAGUGGGCCAUCAGCAAACCCUCACUGCUGGCAGAGGCCAAGGACGCAUUCGACGGCACUACCACCACAAGAUACUGGUGAGAGAGAAACAAAAUCAGACACACGAAAAGGCAGCGCAGACGCUUCAUCUGUUGUUGGAUGGGGUGUUCGUGUGUGUGUGUGCAGGGUAGACGUGCAGCUGCGGUGGGGCGACUUCGACAGCCACGACAUCGAGCGGUACUGCCGCGCCAAGUUCCUCGACUACACCACCGACAACAUGUCCAUCUACCCCUCGCCCACCGGCGUCCUCCUCGGCAUCGACCUGGCCUAUAACCUCCACUCAGGAUUCGGCAACUGGUUCCCUGGUACAUACGCUUGUUGUCUCACGCCGCACACUGGCGCAUUCACGUCCCUCCCUGUGUGUGAUCUGAUCAAUGUGGUUAACAAACAGGUGGGAAGCCGCUGCUGCAGCGUGCCAUGAACAAGGUCAUGAAGGCCAACCCGGCCCUGUACGUCCUGCGCGAGCGUAUCCGCAAGGGGCUGCAGCUCUACUCGUCCGAACCCACCGAGCCGUACCUCAACUCGCAGAACUACGGCGAGCUCUUCUCGGCACAGACGAUAUGGUGCGCAGAGAUGCACCAACACAACACAUGGAUCGACCGGUCUCUCAUUUGUUGGUUGCUGCCGUGCUCUAUGUGUGUGUGUGUGUGUGUCAGGUUUGUGGAUGACACGAAUGUGUACCGCGUGACGAUCCACAAGACGUUCGAGGGCAACCUGACCACCAAGCCCGUCAACGGCGCCAUCUUCAUCUUCAACCCCAGAACCGGCCAGCUGUUCCUCAAGAUCAUCCACACGUCGGUGUGGGCGGGGCAGAAGCGCCUGUCGCAGCUGGCCAAGUGGAAGACCGCCGAGGAGGUCGCGGCGCUGAUUCGGUCGCUGCCGGUGGAGGAGCAGCCCAAGCAGAUCAUCGUCACGCGCAAGGGCAUGCUCGACCCUCUCGAGGUCCAUCUCCUUGACUUCCCUAACAUCGUCAUCAAGGGUAGAGCACCCACCCCACACACAGACACACAGAGAGAGAGAACCAACCACCCUCACGACGUGUGUGUUGUUGCCCGUGGUCAGGGUCUGAGCUGCAGCUGCCCUUCCAGGCCAUCAUGAAGAUCGAGAAGUUCGGCGACCUGAUCCUCAAGGCCCUGCAGCCGGAGAUGGUCCUCUUCAACCUCUACGACGACUGGCUCAAGUCCAUCUCCUCAUACACGGCAUUCUCGAGGCUCAUCCUCAUACUCAGGGCACUCCACGUCAACACAGAGAGGUACACACACACACACACGCACACAAAGUAAUCACACGCCAGCUGAUCUGCGUGUGCGUGUGCGUGUGGUGCUGUUGUGGUGGUUCGUGCAGGGCCAAGGUGAUACUGAAGCCGAACAAGACGACCGUGACGCAGCCGCACCACGUGUGGCCGACCCUCUCGGACACCGAGUGGAUCAGCGUCGAGACCGCCCUCAAGGACCUCAUCCUCGCCGACUACGGCAAGAAGAACAACGUCAACGUCGCAUCGCUCACGCAAUCCGAGAUCAGAGACAUCAUUCUCGGUGACUAACAGCUCACACCACACAGCAACCUGCUGUAUGUAAAGACAAGGGUGAUUGACGGUGUGUCGUGCGCUGCGCUCGUUGCUACAGGAAUGGAGAUCGCGCCGCCAUCCAUCCAGCGUCAGCAGAUAGCCGAGAUCGAGAAGCAGACCAAGGAGCAGAGCCAGGUGACGGCCGUCACCACCCGGACCGUCAACGUCCACGGCGACGAGCUCGUCGUCAGCACCCAGUCGCCCCACGAGCAGCAGGUCUUCUCAUCCAAGACCGACUGGCGCGUGCGGGCCAUCUCGGCCACCACGCUGCACCUCAGGACUAACCACAUCUACUGCAACACCGAGGACAUCAAAGAAACCGGUGAGUGAGUCGGUGUGUCUGUGGGCGUCGGGGGGAGACACAGACAGACCGGUGAGCACUGAUUGUGCGGUGGGUCUCCUGUGUGCUGUCUGCCUGUGCUGUGUGCAGGUUACACGUUUGUGAUCCCCAAGAACAUCCUGAAGCGGUUCAUCUGCGUGGCCGACCUGAGGACUCAGAUUGCGGCCUACCUCUUCGGCAUCUCACCACCAGACAACCCUCAGGUGCGUGCGUCAUUUACUUUACAUUCACUUCACACAGUGCAGUGCACACAAACUAUGCAUACCGCUUCCCUUCCCUCUCUGUGUGUGUGUUGUGACCGUGUCCAUCCAUCGGUGUCGGAGUGCAGGUGAAGGAGAUCCGUGCGAUGGUUGUGGUGCCGCAGGUGGGCACCCACCAGUCGGUGACCCUGCCCUCCCAGCUGCCCGAACACGAGUUCCUCAAGGACCUCGAGCCACUCGGGUGGAUCCACACACAGCCCAACGAGUCCCCCCAGCUGUCGCCGCAGGACGUCACGAUGCACGCGAGGAUCCUGGCCGAGAACAAGACCUGGAAUGCCGACGCCACCAUCAUCAUCACCUGCAGCUUCACCCCCGGAUCAUGCUCACUCGUGGCGUACAAACUUACGGCGCAGGUAAUGAAUGGAUGGCACACAGAGAGAGACUCACACACAUGGCAGGGUGGGCGGGGCUGGGCGUGUGGUGUGUUGAUGUGUAUGCGUGUUGUGUUGUGCUGUGUCAGGGCUACAAUUGGGGCAAGAGCAACAAGGAUUCGGGUCCCUCUCCGUCAGGUUACCUGCCCAGCCACUACGAGAAGGUGCAGAUGCUCCUCUCCGACACGUUCCUCGGUACGGACGGAUGCGCACACACACCUACACCCGCCGCAAAUACAAGAGCGAGAGAUGCCAUUGAUUGUGCACUCAUUCAUGCGUGUCUCGCGUGUCUACCUACGGUGUGUGUAUGUGUGUGCCUUCCUUCAGGUUUCUUUAUGGUCCCCGAGGGCAGCAUGUGGAACUACAACUUCAUGGGUGUGAAGCACUCGAUCAACAUGAAGUACCACCUCACCCUCGAUAACCCCAAGGAAUUCUACCACGAGCUGCACAGGUACACUACACUUCAACCAGCACACACAACACACACACACACGCGCGCGCGCGCGUCCCCCCGCCCUGCACCAAUCGCUGUGCUCUGCUGUCUGUGUGUUGUGCCAUGUGUCUGUCUGUCGUCAGGCCUGCCCACUACCUCCAGUUUGCCCAGAUGGAGGCGGCGCCUGACGAGGGCGCCGACAGGGAGGACGUGUAUGCCUAACGUUACUAACUGGUGUGGGGUGGGGGUCUCGGCUGGCUUGGGCCGGCCGUCAAGGUGUGAGUGAGUGUGUGGAUGUGAGUGUGUGGAUGAGAGUGUGUGAGGGAUGCCAUCGAUCUGAUCGGCG